ACAUUUAUCAGCCAACAGAAGAAAAAAAGGAGUUUUAAGAUUUUCCUACAAAGUUUUUUAUUUUAUUUUAUUGUUUUUUAAAUAUAAAUGCAAUUUUUGUUAAAUGUUUUUCUGAAAAUUUGUUAUUGUCGUUCAAAUAAGAUUUGAUUAAGUUAUAUUUUGUUGGUAUUUUUUUUUGUUUGUUUCUUAUUUAUUUUAAUUAUGUCGGCGGAUAGUGAUUGUGUCCGUGUUGCAAUCCGCAUUCGGCCGCUAGUAAAAACUGAAAUUGAGCGCGGCUGCCAAUCAACAAUUGAAAGAAUACCCGGCCAGCCCCAAUUAACUGUUAAUAAAACCGAUGGAUUUACAUUUAAUUAUGUUUUCGAUCCAAAUGAUUCUCAGGAUGUUUUGUAUAAGGAUGCUGUUUAUGAAAUGACUGAUAAGCUGUUUAAAGGCUACAAUGUAACUAUUUUAGCCUAUGGCCAGACUGGAUCCGGAAAAACCUAUACAAUGGGUACAACUUUUGAUGGAAAUCCAAACGAGAACAUGGGUGUCAUUCCAAGAGCUAUGACUGAUAUUUUUCAAACCAUCGAAAAGAAAUCAAAAGAAUUUGAUUUUAAAGUUACGUGUUCUUUCAUGGAACUCUAUCAGGAGCAAUUAUUUGAUUUGCUAUCAUCGGCAUCAAGAGAACAAUCAAUUAUUGAUAUGCGUGAAGAUCGCAAUGGCAUAAUAAUGCCCGGAUUAACAGAACAAAAAGUAACCACUGCCAAAGAGACUACUGAUUGCUUGAUGCGUGGUUCAUCUGGUCGUGCUGUUGCUUCGACAGCUAUGAAUGAACAAUCAAGUCGUUCUCAUGCUAUAUUUACUUUAACUAUUCAAUCAAGUAGCAAAAAUGAAGUGAAAAAUGUCUUUUCAUCAAAGUUUCAUUUGGUCGAUUUGGCUGGAUCAGAACGAUCAAAGAAAACCAAAGCUACUGGUGAUCGAUUUAAAGAAGGUGUUAAAAUCAAUCAGGGUCUUUUGGCUCUUGGCAAUGUUAUAUCCGCUUUAGGAACUAAUCAAGGCUCUGGAUAUGUUGGCUAUCGUGAUUCUAAACUAACAAGACUGCUCCAGGACUCAUUGGGUGGUAACUCAGUUACUCUCAUGAUUGCCUGUGUUAGUCCAGCUGAUUAUAAUGUUGGUGAAACACUAAGCACUCUGCGUUAUGCAGAUCGUGCUCGAAAAAUUAAAAACAAGCCGAUUGUUAACCAAGAUCCACAUGCUGCUGAAAUUAAUCAUCUUAAAGGAAUUAUUCAGAAACUUCGCAUGGAGAUUUUGAAUAAGAGUUGUGGGGUAAUGAGUAGUUCGAUGGAGGGUAGUAGUAGUUUUGAAGGAUUCAAAAAGGAUACAACGUCGAUUCCUUACAAUGAAUUGAUGGAAAAAUACCGUCAACUGCAGGUGCAGUUUCAAAAUACACUACAUGAUGUAGCCGAUAAUGAAAUGCGAGCUCAUAUUGCCGAAGCUGCUUAUGAUAAACUCAAACUCAAGACUGAAGAAGUUACACAACAAGUUAUUGAAUUGUCUGAUGAAAUGAAAGAAGACAAUUGUCCUCCAGAAUUUGUAGAUCAUGUUAAAAAGCUUGGAAGUAUACGAAAGUUAAUUGAAGAUCUUGGUAUUGAAUUCCAAAAAUCUCAUGAUGAAAUAGAAGAUAACAAAAGAAAUCGAUCUAUAUUGCCAUUAGAAUCUGAUUCAGAGCAAUGCAAUGAGCAGAGUGAAGUUAUGCAACAGCAUACUGAAGCAUUCACAUCCAAACAAAUAGAUUUGAAUGAUCAAUUGCGUCGCAUAAAUCGUGAAUUAACUUUAAAAGAAGAACUUCAUCAACGUGUAGCUGUGAAUUUAACAAAAUUCUAUACUCUAGAUGAGAAUAUCGAAGAAAAGUACAAAGAUUGUGAAAACAAAAUUAAAGCUUUGGAAGCUGAAAAAUCUGAUUUGGUAGAAAAAUUGAAACACGUCAAAGAAAAUGUGUCAGCAAAACUUGCCGAAGAGAGACGUAAACGGCUACAAGCUCUUGAACAAGAAAUAACCGAUAUGAAACGUAAAAAUGUUCAACAAGCUAAACUGCUGAAAGUACGUGAAAAAGAAUCGGAAAAAAUUAAAAAUCUUCAAAAUGAUAUUCAGGCAAUGAAAGAGAGUAAAGUCAAACUUAUACGAGCUAUGCGUACAGAGAGUGAAAACUUUAGGCAAUUUAAGUUGAGCAGAGAGAAGGAAGUGAUGCAACUUAAGAAUAAAGAUCGUAAAAUGCAAAAUGAAAUGGCACGGAAAGAAUCAUUGCAUAAUAAACAGAGAAAUGUAUUGAAACGUAAAUGUGAAGAAGCAUUGGCUAUUAAUAAGAGAUUAAAAGAUGCAUUAGAACGUCAAAAAGUUGCUCAAUCUCAGCGAAAUAAAAACAAACCCAACACAAAUGCUAGCAAAUUGGAACAAAUAACAUCUCGAGUUGAUGAAGAAUUAGAUAUUAUUGGCUCACUAAUUGAUGCUGAAAUUUCCCUCGAACAACUAAUGGAAGAUCGUACUAUUAUUUCAUGUCGCAUCAAAGCACUAACCGAUGCCAAUGAUACAAGCAAUAAAGAAGAACUUGCUGAAUUGGAUGAAGCUCUUCAACUUCGUAAUGCACAAAUAACUGAUUUGCAACAGAAAGUCGUAUCAACAGACAUUGAAUCACGAAUUAAAAACAUUACUGAAACUAUUCAAAGUUUACCCGAAGCUAGAGCAAUUUUAAAGCAUCUCUUUACAGCUCUAUCAGAUAUUCGUCGAGAUUUUUCAUCUAAAUUACAAGAACAAAAGACAGCACGUGAAUCGGCUGAAGAAAAACUUGAACUCAAUGAAAAACAAAUGCAACAGUUUAUCAAAGAACACGAAGAGCAGGUGGUGAGAUCAGAAAGUGUUUAUGAGGGUAAAAUUGCUGUUCUAUUGCGUGAAUUGCAUAAUGCUUCUAAAAUUAAUCAUGGCCAAACAACUCAAGAAUUAGAGGAACGUUUUAAGAUUCAAGAAGAAGCUCUAAAUAAAAUUGAAGAUCUUCGAGAAGAACUUGAAAUGUAUCGCGAGCUUUGUAAUGAACUUGAACAGAAAAUGUCUAAUAAAGGCAAUAAAAAGAAAAUUGUUAAAAAAAUUGAAGAAGAAUUUGAUACCAUCGAAGAAUUAUCAUCGUCGGAUGAGGAAGUUUUUGAUAAGGAUGAUCCAGAAAAUGAUCCAGAUUGGAAAAAAACACCACACGUUAAACGUAUCCAUAGGAGUCGUAAUAGUAAAGAUAAAUCGGUAGAAUUGCAAGAAUCAAUGGUGAAAUCACUAAAUGGUACAAAACGAUCCUCAGAUGGAACAAUUAAAUGUUAUUGCAAAAGUGGUUGCAAAGGAAGAUGUGGAUGCAAAUCAAAUCAAGCAUAUUGUUCAUCGAAAUGCAAAUGCGGCGAUGCUUGCGUCAAUCGAAAAAUGCCAGACUCAAACGAUAGUGAUUCCUUUGAAGAGAAGGAAAACAUUAAAACUGAGAAAAUUGAAGAUGAUUUAUCGGAGACAAUAACUCUCAGUAAACCGACUGAUCUUACAAGCAUCUUACAAACACCCAAGAUGGCUAGGUUAUCUGAACUGACCUUUAAUGUACCAUCGGCGAAAAAGAAAUUUUUUAACUAAUUUAUAGUCAAUGCAUAUGGAUAAAGUGUGCAAACAAAUAAAAUAAUAUUAAAUUGAAUAAAUUUAUUUUCAUAUUAACUGUCCAUUUUAAAUUCAUAA